GAAGAAACAGCCCCACCCACAAAAAGGAAUGGCCCGCCCAACUUUGGACUUUGACGCAGCCCCCCCGAACCGGUCGUAAAACUCCCUCUUGUUCCGCCCGAUUACCCGCGACGCCCAACAUCGACAUCGACACAUUGGCGCAUUAUCCCCCGACAUCGCGUUCCCAUCGAUUGACGAGGCGCAUCAUCACGGCCACUUUGAAAAUUAGCCACCCGUUGCCGUCCUUACCUUUUUCGCCUCGAUUUUGACCGGAGCGCCUUACGCGACGCCAUCGAAGCUUAGUGAAUCAGAAGAUGGGUCUCCGGUUGUACCAAGCGCCGGUCGAGUCGGACAUCCAAUCCAAGCCUGCCGCUGAAAAAAGUUCGGCAGAAGCGCGCUCGACCAUUCGCCGGCACCGUCUUGUCCGGGGAUACCACAGCACGCGCGACCACGCACGGGAACAGGUCCGCGAGCGCCGCCGCCGCGUUCUCGAGGAUGCCAUCUGGGAACCCCGCCGAUCACCCACCCUGGAGCCGCCUCCCGUUCCUGCUGUUGCGCAUAUAGCAGCAGUUCCAGUUGCAGGGGGCAACCCCAACCGUCGCCGCCUUGUCAAUGACACCCAUUGGGAUCCUGAGCAACCACGGCGCCGGUCACCCGCUCUAGAGCCACCCACCGAUGCUGCUUCCAGAUAUGGCCGUCGUCGCGCCUACGUAGGGCUCGAUGACCGAGUCAUCACCAUGUUUGGUGAGCGCUGGGCUCACCUGCACGCCGGCUCGAAUCCGACUCAAACACAAACCGAUGACGACAAUUCCCCCAUCCUACCUCGGCCAACCGAUUCGCAGUUAGCUGCACAGGAUGCCUACAGCAACUUUCAACGCCGCGACCGUUACAUGUCUCGUAUGGAACCGCUUCCCAUGGUGUCGAGCCUCCGGAGUACCCAGGCUCCCAAUCAUCCGUCGCGGAGCUCCACUACAUCCCCGGCGGGAGCUGCUCCUCCCUUCAGCAGACCAGCUUCGAACACACGGGGCGAAUCGUACAUUUUUGGUGAUGAAACCUCAAAUCCUUACACAGCCGGCCGUCGAUGGGUUGAGUCCCGUCGGCAGGAACGCGCUCAGCGCAGCGGGUCAACCCUUCUUGUUCCCCCGGCUAUUGGCCAUGGUGCGGCGGGCAUUGAUGGUCUCGGUGACCGUAGCAGAAGUCUUAGUCCCGAUGGCGACAAUGCAUGGGAGACGCUGUUAACCACGAUUGCUCCGGAUCCGCAGCCCCCGAGCGUCGGCUCUUCCUUUGCUUCUGCUACAGCAUCGGCGGCUGCGACACAGAGCACCGUUGCUGCCUCUUCCAGGACCUCUUUCACCAACCCCCAGACCGUCGAGGUGGAGCUCGCGUCGGGAUGCGACAAUUCCGACACAGACGAGGACGAGCUCGAGGAUGAUAUUAGAAAUUUUAUCCUUCCCCGCGCUCGAAGCACCGGACGGUCAUGGGCAGACGUUGCCGGGCGUAGCGGCAGCAGCAGCGACGACCCCUCGGUCUUUGGUGGAGUUGAGGUGAUGCAGCGGCUCGUCCGCAGCCUUGCUCAACGUGAGGAUAUUCCAGACGACUGGUGGGCAGAGGUGGGAUUGAGCAGGACUUUGUCCCGCGAGGCCUCGGCCAACUGAGCCACCGGGUGUAUUUCUCGAAGCGGUUUAUUGAUUUUUUCAUUUUUUUUUCAUUUUUUUUCAUUCUCGGCAAAAGCGUUUCUGAAUGUCAUUGGCACAUUUGGUUUUACGGCGUUACUGGGCUUUGGUUUUAGGGAUUACCCUUUGGUAUCGGUCUGGCAGCUUGUCAUGGAAAAAAGUGCAUCCCAUUUGCUUGUGGGUAUUGCUGUUUACUCUUGGCUUUGAAGGAAAUAUAUGGCUUAUAAUGAUGCACCAACAGCUUUGUAUUAGUUUUAUUGUUUGCAAGGAUCACAGCGGUGGUUGGUUUCUCAGUCACAUAGGGUUAAUGGUGGAUUGAUGACUUGUAUGAUAUUCUCUGUACAUAGAGGUAGUUUUGGGCAACUGGCCCUUAAGAGUUGGAGGAGGCAGCAGCAGAUGUGAUGGAUUAUUGUUCCAGGGUUCACCAUCGUGACUCCUUGUUUUGUUUUGUUUUGUUUCACGGUGUCAUGCAUGAGGUUAUCCCCGCCUUUUAUGUGU